AUGGACAACAGGAGUCAUGACACGACCCAAUCUCCGCGAGGACAUCGGCCGAAGAAACCUGCAAACCCGCUGGUCAAAGGCAUCCUCGCGUUUUGCACUCGGCAUGACAUCGAAGUGAUCCAGUCCGCUGCAAGAGGUGACAGCCAUAACGCGGUCGAGCCAGCGUAUGGAUACAUAGGGGAGCCUGACACGGCACCUGAAAAUGCGCCAAAUCCAGACACUCUGCCUUGUGACCUGUCCAGGCCGUCGCGUCCCUCUCGCACACUGCCACGCUCUGACAUUCCUAAGCGCUACACCAUCUAUGGAUCACUAGUCCUCCUAUCAGCCAACUUCUGCACGCAGAAUCCCCGUUGGGCGGAGCUAUACAAUGGGCUGUCCGACACCGAGAGGACCGACUUGUUUGGAUGUAUUGCCGAACAGGGAUUUGCAGCAUCCGGGGCGGGUUUGGAGCAGAAUGGCAUCAGAGUCGCCAUCGGUGCACCCAUUGCUGCUGAAGAAACGGAUCUCGAUGAUCGAGAGUUGUCAACCGCAACUGAGUCAGAGAUAUCAACAUCAACAUCAUCCCCGCCACCGGGGUCGGGACCGGCAAGUACAACAACAGAAGUCGAGGAAUCACAACCUCCAACCCGCAAACAGAAUGUCCUCCGCAGUCCGUCUGGUCUUGUACCUGUUUAUGGCGACUGGGGCUUUCUGCGCCGCACUCGAGACGAUGACACAUCGUGGGAUUCCGGCAUAGGGGACGGUAAACAGAAAAUAGCCAACCCCAGCCGACGGGACUUUGAGGAGGCCUUUUGGACAUCGACGUCGCAGCAUAAAGGCAUCACGCAAUGCUGGGCGCCGCUGUACACCAUGUUCAGUCGGGGCAAUGUCUCGGAAAAGGCGCGAAUUCUGGGACUUUCUCCCUCGGCGCCCAAUGGGACCCAGACAGAAUCGAAACUGCAGUCCGAGUCGCGGUCAACAUCCCACACGCCCUACGGAUCCAUGGCACGGCUUCAGUCCCAAUUUCCUGGUCUUACCCUUCCCGAGAUCGGGGUACCACUAUCCUCGAUCGACGUUGUGGAUUUCUACGUGGGCAUCGGCUAUUUCGCCUUCUGCUACCUCGCACGUGGGGUUCGGAGAGUCUGGGGCUGGGACAUCAAUCCAUGGAGCAUCGAGGGGUUGAGGCGCGGCUGCGAGAAGAACGGCUGGGAUUGUUUGGUCGUGAGGGUCCGUGAAAACGGGGAACUUGCGCUGAUAAGAGGGACCAAGAGUGGGAGGGAAGACCGAUCGGACGGGGAGAACGUGGUCAGGGAAGUCGUUGCGCGGAUCUCGCAAGGGGACAAUGCUGGUGCCAAACCUGAGGAGUAUGGUCAACAGACCGCGGUCAGGUGCGUUGCCUUUCUGGGGGAUAAUAAAUGGUCGGACAAGGUUAUGGGCGAGAUCCAGCGUGAACUCCGUUUGCAAGGUCUCAGCCUUAAUGUGAAACAUGCCAAUUUGGGCCUACUUCCCACGUCGAGGGGGAGUUGGGAAAAUGCUGUCAAGGUCAUCAAAGGGGAUAGGAGAAGGGUGCAUGGAAGAAGUGGAGGCUGGUUGCAUGUGCAUGAGAACGUCGACAUUCGGCACAUUGAGGCCAUGAAGAACCAAAUCGUCCAGGAGCUCAUUGGCAUCGCACAUGUCGGAUCAGAAAGAGCGGACGGCCCAGAGACUCCUUGGUCAGUGUCGUGUGAUCAUAUCCACCAUGUCAAGACAUAUGCGCCAGGUGUCAUGCAUUGCGUAUUUGAUAUCCAUAUCACGCCGAAUGGAUGA